AUGCGUCGGUCGUUAUGGCAUCACGUGACGAGUGCGCGGGCGUUCCAGCGGCCGCCGCAGCUCCUGCUGAUGCGCGGCACGUCGAAUUAUGUGGAUACAAACACAAGCAAUCGAAGAGCGGCUGGAGACAGUGUGGAGCAGGCGAAGGAGGAGAGCAGGACCGCCACGAGCAGCAAGAGCUUUAACCUCAUGAGCGCUCCAUUAUUAGCCAAUGACAAGACAGAAGCGGCCAAACUCUCUGGACGUGGCGCUGAGACGUGGCAGUGGUACAAAGUCAAGGGCAAACGGUACCGGAGAAAGAGCAAGAGGUGGGCGGACAUGGACCGGACGUCCUUCUGUUUGCUGCUGAGAGAGCAAAUGAGCUCUAGCAAAGUCUCGUCGGUGCUGCGAAAGUUUAUGGACGAGUUUCCGAUUCUCAACAACCACUGGUCGGACCAGGAGCUCGUGAUGAUCGUGUGUGCGCUCAUCAAGAUGAACCGAAGCGAGUCGGCGUUGCAAGUGCUGCGCAAUCAGAUCGAAGGACCGGACCGCGACCGUCUGAAUCGAAUUGCAGCGGCGAGUGCCAGGCUUGGCAAUGCACGGGUAGCACAGGGAGUGCUGGAGAUCACGAAACACUUCCAGUUGGAACCUGAUGUUAUCACGUUUACUAGCGUCAUUCAUGCGUGCGCCCGUGGUAGCAAAUCUGACGUUCCCAUAGCGCUGAACGUACUGAACGACAUGAUCUAUGCCGGCGUGAAGCCAAAUGCACGCACAUAUGGUGCAAUAGUUUUGGCAUAUGCACGGCUGGGGAGAUGGGAGGAAAUCCACGAGCUCUUGAGCUCUACUUCGUACGCGGACGACGAGCAUAAAGCCGAGGUGUUCACGUGCGCGAUUAUCUCGUGCUCGCGCAACCACCAGCAUGACUACGCUUCUCGGCUUUUUGCGCUGUUGCUCGAAGAUGGUGUCUAUCCGGGUGACAACGUCUGCAAUUCCGCGCUCAGUUCCUGUGCCCGGACCUCUAAUUUGACACAGCUCCGUCGCAUACUCAAGCUAGUCGAGUGCCAUGCCACACCCUCGACGUACUCCUACAACUGCAUGAUCUCGGCACAUGGCAAUGCUUGCAAAAUGGAUGAUGCGCUGCGAGUUUUCGAGGAGAUGAGAGAUCACCCUACCGUAUCACCCGAUAUCGUCUCGUUCAAUUCGUUGCUGGGUGCUGCUGUGCGUUCGCGGAACGUGGAUAGGUUUCCCUUUAUCUUGUCACUCAUGGGCAAAGCUGGCUUGAAGUGGAAUGCAUACACGCUGAAUAUACUGUUGCAGGGAUGUGCGCUGUCUGGCGACGUUCAAUCGGCCGAGCGCUACUGGUCUGAGGCAAAUUGGGACAAGAAUGCAGACUCAGAUCAGCCUUUGGAGAGUAGACAGUGUGUCACUUUUGAUCGUGCACACUUUGAAACUCUCAUGAGUGUUUAUUACGCUGCAAAGGAUUAUCAGUCUACCGUGGAUAUGUGGAUGAAGGACAAGCUCUGCCGCCGUCGCGCGAAGAGCUCCAAGGCUCUCAACUUUUUGAUCCGCGCGUGUGCAGGUCUGAAGGACGGUAAGCUAGCGAGAACAAUCUUGGCCGAGUUUGCUGACCGUGGGCAUCCAGUAUCUUCGAUUACGCACAAUCACAUGCUGGAAGUGUUUCUCGCAGCUGACAAGUUUGCGGAUGCGUCAGCUUAUCUGCAAAAAAUGAUCGAUAUGGGUGGAAUGGCGUCUACCUUUUCGUUCACAGUACUCAUGAUGUAUCUGGCGAAGCACGAUCGCCAUUCGGAUGUGAUUGCAAUGUUUGAUCUGUACCUGGAAACUCGCGGGGCUUCAUCGAAAGGGCAGAACCCACUGCUGCAUUAUCCAGCGGACGCGAUCUACGUCUUGACGAUGCGUGCGGCCGUGCACUUACAGGAUCACGAAACAGUGCUUGCCAUUUACGAUGGGCUGCCAGCUCCGAUGUCGAUGGCUGUUCGAACGGAAUUACUCGUGUUGGCCAUUUCAUCAUGCGAGCGCGAGGGCGACUGGCGUGCGGCAGUCACGAUGUUUGACGAAUCGACUGGCAAGCUUGACGCCGAGAUUAACGUGGAACUGUACAAGCAAGUCGUCAAGAUUGUCGCCAGUGCUGGAGAGUUUGACCGUGCGCUCGACGUGGGCGGUGGACAAUGGUACCGCCAGAACCGACCUGAUAAAGGCUGGGGUCUUUAA